UUUUCCGCUCUCAAUUACAGCACUCAAUCGUCAGUUUACACCUGGCCAGUUCCACACUUAUCAUGUUUGUGAAAAAACUUGCAAAUCACUCAAAGACGAUAAAUCAAGCACCCGCCUUGCUAACAUUAUUUAAAUCAGCAUCUAAUUGUAUCUACAAAAAUCUUGCUUUAGAAGAAUGGAUCUUCCGAAAUAAAAAUUUUUCUAAUGAGGAUAUAUUGUUUAUAUGGAGAAAUUCCCCUUCAGUUGUCAUUGGAAGAUAUCAAAAUCCCUGGGUUGAGGCAAAUGUGAAAUUUUGUAAAGAAAAUAAUAUUAAAUUAGUUAGAAGAUACAGCGGUGGUGGGGCAGUUUACCAUGACGAAGACCGUCAUAAUCGAAAAGGAAAUUUACAAAAAUUGGCCAAACAAUUAAAUAUAGAUUUCUAUCAAUAUUUCAAACCUUUUAACAAAAUUUGUGUAAAUUCAAGGGAUGAUUUAAUUUUUGAACUGAACAAUUCGAAAAUGUCGGGAACUGCUGCAAGGAUAUCCCAAGGAAAGGCUUACCAUCAUUUCACACUUUUGGUAAAUCCAAAUAUGGAAAAUUUGCAUUUUUCGCUUCAAUCACCGUUGAAGGAGAAAAUUGAAACAACUGCAACAAAAAGUUUUAGGGCAGCAUCUGUUAGUUGCCUAACAAAUGUUUUGAGAAUAAAAGGAGAGAGAUUAAAGGAUAAUGAAAUUAUGGAGAUGACCGAGAAAAGUAUUUUUAAAGCAUUUUCUGCGAAUUAUGACAAUUUGAAUAUUAAAUUGGAUGUUUUUCCGAAUGAAGAGAAUUUUCCAGGUUUUUUUAAAUUUUUUCUUAAAUUAAAACAAGGACCCUGUAACUCCUUUGGAAUUAACCCAGGACUUCUUGGAGACCCAAUUCCUUUUUUUAAAAAUACAUUUUUCAAGGAAUUAACAAAAUAA